AUGAUAUUUUUCCCAAUCAUCCUCUCGGCAUUAUGUGACGCUGUGGUUCCACAACAAGCCAUAGUGGGGACAAUGAUCAGUCCAGAAAGAUUUGAUAAAGAUGUGAUUCCAAUGGGAAUUGGAGAAACUCUUGAUGUCAAUAUUACUUUGAAUUCGUUUCGUUUACUUUCAAUGGAUCAAAAAGAAGAGACGAUUCAAUUUCAGCAAGAAUUUCUUAUGACAUGGCAUGAUCACUCGCUUGGAUGGAGUCGUCGGAACUUUUCAGCUUAUCGUUUCGAAUGGGUGAAAGUGCGACAGAAAGAUAUUUGGGUGCCUGAUAUCAUUUAUUACAGCACAAUCGAUAACGAGCGAAUUAUCGAAACAAAAGAGGCGUACGCUGAUGUGAAAUAUGAUGGGACGACAAGGCUAUCAGUGCCAUCAACAGUGACUCUUCCAUGCACUUUACAACUUGACAAUUUUCCUUAUGAUGAUCAGACAUGCGACUUGCUUUUGGGCUCAUGGAUUUUUGAUGAAAACCAACUCAAAACGACUCCAACUGAGAUGACCAUUGAGCCGGCUCCAAGUAAUGUACCUCAGCGCUCAUCUAUCAUCUAUGUGGGAAACUCGGAAUGGAGCCUUACGGAGAUCGAGGUCAGCAACUAUACAUUGACAAUAAAAAAGGAUGGAAAUUAUUCGCUUAUUCGGUAUCGCGUGAAGUUGAGACGAAAACCCGUUUACUAUGUGAUGGUUAUUCAGGUUCCCACUUUGCUCAUUGGUACGGUGACGAUUUUGGGAAUGUUUACACCAUUUAGUCAACGAAUGGAAAGAUGGCAAAAGGUUGAACUAGGAUUGAACAUGCUGUUAGCGAUCUCAAUGAUGCUGAAUUUGGUCUCAAAUAUGAUGCCCAAAGCCGAGAGAUUACCACUUUUAGGAAACUACAUCAUUGCCGAGAUUUUCCUUUGCUCAGCAGCGACUGUGGUCUCGAUUGGAUUACUUGAAGUGCAUGCGAGAGCCGAUCAAAGAAAAUGGAGACCGCCCGAUUGUUUAUGUCGUUGGGUACUUUUCUCAUGCGGUCGACGAAUUCGAAAAGGACAAAAGAGAGCAAUGAUGGAUCCGAUUGCAACGAUACCCCCAAAAAUGGUCUCACUAGAUGAUGAUGUUGCUGCUGAUUUACUAAAAGCU